AUGUGUCAUUUACUGGCAACAUACGGCACGUUGCGUGAUGAUAAUGAUUCAGGAGCACCAUGGAACCCACCGUUUAUCCAAGGUAUUGCAUCUGCAACGACGGGUCGAGUGACCGGUUAUCGACUCUUCUUCAAUCCCAAAUUGAACUAUCCAUUUGCUAUUUCAACAGGUGAUGCAAACGAUUCUGUCGUUGUACGUGUACUUGCUUGGCCAACACGAGAACAAUUUGAGCAGAAACUUGAUGAGGCCGACAAAAUGGAAGGUGUUGACUAUGAACGUAAAAUGGUGGAUGUUUUCAUUGAAAGUUCUUCCAAUACGAUUCAAGCCCAUUUUUACGUCGCCCGCUCAGAAUUAAUUGAUGAUCAAUGUCAACUUAUUCCCAGCGGUGAUUGGCUACGACGACAUGAAUCAUGA